AUGCGCAAGGUGCAAAAGCAAACGAAACAGGUCAAGUGCGGAGAGGAAAAGCCGCAUUGUAGUCGCUGCACUCGACUUGGGGUCCGAUGCCCUGGCUACGUUAAGUCACUUCGCUGGGUUACCAAACAUGAGGAGCAAAGCCCUGGUGCAUCGUCGGAAUAUAAAGCUACUAGUCCUGCGCCAUCGUCCUCGCAAGCCCCUCGGCGACUAUCUGCGUCCAUCGAGGAUGCAGUCUCUGUAGAUAUCCCCAAUCCGGGCCCAACCCAUGAUGAGCCAGAUGCUGUCGGAUUCGAUAUUGAUGGCUCGGUAGGCCUUUGCGACAAUCUUUGGGAUCUCCCUGGAAGUACUGGAAAUCGAUCACUUCCGGAAUUGACCGAUCUUUGUCCCCAGGCCGAAGCAGUAUCAGCAUCGGGCUUUCCAGAACCCCAAGAUCCAUUAAUAUAUGACUUCACCUCAACUGGAGAUACUGCCGCAGACUUAUCUCAUUUCCUGUCUCUAAUUGGCCCAUCUCAGGACGAACCAGUCAACAAUGGUAGUGUGUAUCAAGGCUUUUCGCCCUCAACUAUAAUACGCAGUUAUCCACCAGCCGGGCAGCGAUCUCCCCGACGCGACGUCAUGUCAAUAUCUCGCCCAUUAAAUAACCCAUCAUGGACACUGAUCGAGUAUUAUUUCAAAGAAGUUGCAGCGUUAUUCUCUAGCUAUGACAGCCAGAUGAACCCAUUCCGUACAACGGUCUCUCGACUAUGGGGCUCAUCGCUAGCAAUGUGUCGUACAAUGCAAAGCAUGGCAGCUGCAACACUAGUCAACGACUUUCCACAAUUUGGACCAAUGGGUAAAAAGAUGCGCGACGAAGCCGUGGAUAUAAUAACCCGCGAAGCAGUCAUGGAUGACAAGUCGUUGUUGGCGCUUCUCAUGCUUGGGCAGACAGCCAGCUGGCACGAUUCAAAUGACCUAGGAAUUCCAUUCUUCAAUCUGCUCCGGAAGCAGAUGAACUCAAUAUCUUCAGGCUCCACGCCACAUGGGAUCGGCUUCAACAAAAGCGCCAGCAAUAAUUACCGUUUCUUCGAAGAAGCGCUCAUCUAUUGGGAAAUGCUCUUGUCAUUCGUCGCAGACAAUGGCACUAUGGUUCUAUCUGACGAUACAUCAUAUGUGAGCGAAUCGCUAGUUUUGCAACGCGUACCACAUCCAUGGACAGGCAUUGCCCGAGAUACACAAUUCACAGUCCAUGAAGUAGGCCGACUUGUCCGUCGAGAGCGCAAACGUAUCUGCUCUCGGAAAUUCACAUCACAAGAUGAUAUCACACGUGCACAAAUAGCCAUGGAAAAGGCACGCGAACUGGAAGACCGCUUGUUAAGCCUUGCUCACCCUACCGAAGCCGAGAUAGUCAGCCCGGGAGACGACGAAACACCAGUCUGGCACCUUCUCACAAUGGCAGAAGUAUACCGCUGUACCGGAUUAAUGCAGCUUUAUCGCGUGUUCCCAGAUCUACUUCGAACACGUCUCCCCAAUCCCGAAGAGAGUCACUUCUCAGAUCUGGCCGACACAGCACAGAGUGACCCAUUCUUUCCAAUUGAUUUGGAUAGUAUGGAUCUCUCGCUCAAUUUCGGAGAUACUACCCAAGGAACUACAUCAAAUAAAAACCAAUCAACAAACCCGCAUUACCACAGCCAUUCCCCAUCAAUAUCCUCACAUACUAUCAACCUUUUCCCACCUUCCGAACCCCAUCACCAACCCCCUACAUUCGUAGCCCAAGAAAGCCCUGCCGACUCACUAUACGACGCCUGGCUCACCGAGUUCGCAGUAACUCUUAUUUCUCGCCUAAAGACCAUUCCCCUUGAAUCCCGCACGCGAUGCCUUCAACCAUUACUUCUCGUUGCCUCAUGUAGCGAACUCCGCCUACCCAGAUCAUCAGCCGGACAAUCGAAUGACGAAUUUGAAGAAAAUCAAGAUAAUACAUCCAAACAACCUAGAUCUGGAACCGAGACACCGAAUGUAUCCAUGGAAACUAUCGAGGUCUCUCGAACACGCAAAUUUAUACUAGGUCGUCUUACUUCCUUCCUUCACGUUUUACCGCCGAAACCUAUCAAUGUGUGUUUACGACUUGUGAGGGAGGUAUGGAGGAGGAUGGAUGCUGGGGACACAGACACAUACUGGGUUGACAUUAUGAUUGAGAAAGGAUGGGAGACUACAAUGGGUUGA